AUGACCGCCUUGUAUACUGCUACCUACACAAGCCUACAAGCACCAACAGCCACCGCAGAGCUGGCGGAGCUUUCAGAGCAGUCGCAGCAGCUGGCUCAAGCCAAGGCCACCCUGAAGGACGAGUUCGUGGAAGACUUCGCUGCGGAGCUCCGGAAGGAAGUUGUUGCGGUCCCGGAAGGGUCUUUGAAGCCACAGGCAUAUGACAAGCAAGACAGUACCUAUCAAGCAGCACCUUGGGCAGUCAUGGGCAAUGAGAAAGACGAGAAAGGGCCAAAGCGAAAAGUCGACGGCUCAGGGAUCUCCGUCAAGGCCCUCAAUGUCAACCUCGGUGUCCUCGGCCACAUCGACAGCGGGAAGACGUCGAUAUGCCUGAAGAUCAGAUGGACGCUAGACAGCUUCAAUUGCCCUGUCCAGUCGGUCACCUCGACAGCAUCCAUGGACAAGAGCAAAGAGGUCCACGUGAUUUGGCUCAUGACACUCUUGUUGCUUUUCAGUCCGCCGGAUUCGACGCGAUCCAGUGGUGCCUGGUCGAUUGCCCCGGCCAUGCCUCUCUGCGGCGCCCAGAUUAUCGACCUCUGCGCCCUCGUCAUUGAUGUGAACAAGGGCAUACAGACCCAGACGGCUGAGUGCAUGGUGGUUGCCGAAAUCCUGGCCAAUCAGCUGGUCGUCAUCCUGAAUAAAAUCGACAUGAUUCCCGCUGAAAAGCGGAAGAAAAUAUUGGACAAGGUCAUCAAGGAACUCAGAAAGACCUUCGCCAGAACGAAGUUCGGUUCCGACCUUCCCUUUGCUUGUGUGUCAGCACAUCCACAGGAUGGCUCUGAGCCUUUGGGUGCCACCGACUUGAUGGAGGUCAUCAAGACCAACCUUGCUCUUCCUCAGCGAGACUCAUCGGGACCGUUCAUGUUUGCCUACGACCAUGCUUUUGCCAUCAAGGGGCAAGGCACAGUUCUGACAGGAACUGUGCUUUCUGGCGCUGUGAAGCCCCAGAUGGGCAUUGUGGUGCCGCAGCUCGGUGAGGCAGGCAAGGGCAAGAAGGUCAGAAGCUUGCAGAUGUUCCGACAGCCGGUGCAGGAAGCCAUCCAAGGCGAUCGCGUGGCCAUGUGCGUUGCAGCCUUGGACGCCAAGGAGCUGGAGCGGGGCAUCGUGCUGGGUGAAAAGUUUCCAGUCCCGAUGGUGAUCUCGCUGGCACGUUUCCCAGACGCAGCCGUGUGCGUGGUGGACAAGAUCAACUACUUUAAGAGUCAUGGCCACUGCCCACUUUUUCUGCCCCUUCCCGGGGGCGGCUGGUGCAACGCCUUCGGCGCCCUCGAGGAAGUGGGCAUCCUGCCGGCUGUGUUCUUGCUGUGGCAGAUCUUUGCAGUUCUCCAUGCCGAGAGGAGCUUGUUGCUGACAGGGACAGGUGGGCGCGUCUCAAAAGUAGUUCUCAAGUUUGAGACCUUGCGGGUCGACCCGCAAUUUUCCUUCCUUCGGUUCGAGAACGGCGUCAUGGGCCCGCACUAUGGUGGAGUUCGCAGGAAGAACGUGGAAGUGGGUACCAAGGCAUCCAGUUUCCCUGGCUUCCUUGGUGACAGUGUGAAAGUCGUCACAGUAGAGCGCCCAACCACCUGCUUGGAGCUGGGAACCAGUUUCGUUUGA